GGAGCAACGCAGCUAAUGCGAAAAGCGAAGCGCGCGCACUCUCAAGAGCCAGGAAGGGCGCACUUUAAAUGCACUUUUGGCAUUGUCGCACGCAAGGCUGAAUGAGACGCAGGAACAAGACGACCCGGGCCGGCCACUCCGGCUCAGUCAUGCAGCUUUUCAAGGAGUCGCCUCCGGAAGACUCGGACGAGACGGAGAGGUCGUUCGCGACGGCGAUCCUCCUCAAAGGUUCCAAGGUGCUCGCCUACGUGACCACGUUUGCCGUCGUGCUCUGCGGCUCGGUGCUUUCGAAGGCCACGCUUCUGGUGAUGACUUCACAGAUCCAAGGGCUGGGCAGCGCAAACGGUCUCAACCGUACACGAACGGUCUGCAAAAGUGAAGUGUUUUUAGACGAUGACGGCGAGUACGUGACUUCCAUCGACCGGAGGGAACAGAUUGCCUGGAUGUGGGCCAUCCUGUUCGCCAUGUUCGUUCCGGAAGCGCUUGUAUUUAUCAAAUCUGUACGGAUAUCGAUGUUCCAGGCCAUGAGGAUACCUCGUGCAAGUACAUUCUUUCUGGUCUUUGCCUUGGAGAGCCUGCACGUGGUCGGCCUCGGCUUCCUGGUCUUCGCAGCACUUCCACAACUGGACGCACUGCGCGCCACCAUGAUCUGCAGCAGCGUGGCCAUCGUCCCGGCACUGCUCAAGGCGCUCUCUCAGAGGGACACGUAUCCGCCAAAGAUGAUUCUCAACAUAUCGGCGUUGCUCGCGCAGUGCACGGGCCCGGUGCUGUGGUCCGUGGGAGCCGACGGCUCGCCGGCCAUCGCCAUAGCGCUGAUUCUCUCGUCCUGCGCCUGGUGGCAAUGCUUCGCGGACGAAAACUCACCGGUGUUUCGCGUCGCCAGACUGUACCCGUUAAAACAAGACCUCGAUCAGUGCUCCAUGUUCGUGUCCCUCGUCCUGGUACCCUGGAGGAUGCUGCUCGCGUUUGCGACCAUGCUAGCGCUGGCUGGUCGUUCGUUCGGUGGGGCGCCUGAAGUGAUCGGCAAGUUCCACGAGGCCUUCCAGACGCACGAAUUCCCGCUCCUACAAGCGCGGACGGACGUCGUCAACGGGUCGCAGAUACUAGAGUUGGUGCGCACGAAUUAUGUCAUCUGGACACCUCGGCUCGUCCCGAUCGCCGUCGGCGCAGUCCACGCGGCUGCGAGCUACAUCACCUCCCGCGCCUGCGUCUUCGCCUGCAGAAUUAAGAUCCAGGGUUUCUCGAUGGCGCUUCCGUUGACGAUAAGCGGGCCCGUGACCAUGCUCGUCCUGGCUGCCGUGUGCGCCCUACGUCGCUUGCAGCCUUGCUUGCUGAGCAGCAGCUUGCCGUCUUACGUGUUUCUCAACUGCUACGAAGGUGACUUCCUACAGUUGCUCGCCAAAGAACACGCCUGGGUUUGGAUCGCCUGGUUCCUCAGCCUCGUGUGCGUAACGACCCACGUGUGGAAGUCCAAGGGCAGCAGGAUGGCGACCGAAGAAAGUCUCUUUGCACGGCCCACGUAUGCAAGCGUCUUACUGGAACAGUCCGUAGCCCUCAACGUCCGGAGGCUCAAUCGACAUGAAAUGGAUCAGACAGACAGGAAUGAGCACCUGGAGGCGAACAUGGAGAACUUCCGAGAGGCGAUCGAGACAAGUGUCCGUACUUCCAAGUCGUCGUCCAGGCGUGAGCUAGAGGAAGGGGAUGACGUCACGAGGAUCUACGCGUGCGCCACCAUGUGGCACGAAACCAAGGAAGAGAUGCUUCAGCUACUGAAAUCCGUGCUAAGGAUGGACUGCGACCAGAGUGCGCGCCGGCUGGGCAUACACCUGGGCAUAAAGGACAGGCUGUACUACGUCUUCGAAACCCACAUCAUUUUCGAUGACGCCUUCAAAGAUGGCCAAGACGCAGCAGGCCGGAAAUGUCGCGUGAUUAACGAGUACGUCCAAACUCUAAUCAGCACCGUGAACGAAGCCGCUUGCAGCGUGUACGGGCUGAACGACAUCUGCCUGCGCCCUCCGCGCGUGCUGGACACUCCGUACGGUGGCCGGCUCGUCUGGACCAUGCCGGGCCGCAACGGACUCGUGGUGCACCUCAAGGACCGCAGCCGCAUCCGGAACAAGAAGCGCUGGUCGCAAGUGAUGUACAUGUACUACCUGCUGGGACACCAGCUCGCACAGUCCAAUCUCGAGCCCCAUAGCAAGGAGGUGCGCAAGCAGAACUCCUAUAUCCUCGCCCUCGACGGAGACAUCAGCUUCCGGCCGGAGGCCGUGCUCUACCUCCUCGACCACAUGAAGAACAACCCGGGACUCGGUGCCGCUUGCGGGAGGAUACACCCCAUUGGAGCUGGUCCCAUGGUGUGGUACCAGAAGUUCGAGUACGCCGUCGGCCACUGGCUGCAGAAGGCCACCGAGCACGUGCUGGGCUGUGUGCUGUGCAGCCCGGGUUGCUUCUCGCUGUUCCGCAGCGAAGCAUUGAUGGCCGACAACGUGCUGAGGACCUACACCACCAAGGCCACGGAAGCGGUACACUUCGUUCAGUACGAUCAAGGCGAAGAUCGCUGGCUCUGCACCCUACUGCUCAAACAAGGAUACCAGGUUGAGUACAGCGCCGCCUCGGACGCCUACACCCGCUGUCCCGAGACGUUCGAGGAGUUCUACACUCAGCGACGCCGCUGGACUCCAUCAACUAUGGCGAACAUCAUCGAUAUUCUGAUGGACGCCCGAAAGAUGGCUCGCAACAACAGCGGCAUCUCGCACUUCUACAUGGCCUACCAGGGCAUGCUGCUCGUGGGCACCAUACUCGGGCCGGGCACCAUCUUCCUCAUGCUGGUCGGCGCGUUCGUCAACUGCUUCAAGGUGUCCUUACUGAUGGCGUCCACCUUCAACGCCGUGCCGGUCCUGUGCUUCGUCGCCGUCUGCUUCUUGUGCCCCCAAAAGAUUCAGAUCAUGGCGGCGGAGGUGUUGUCGGCGGCCUACGCGUUGCUCAUGGCCGCCGUGAUGGUGGGCACGGCGCUGCAGAUUCAGGAGGAUGGAAUCGCGUCACCCUCGUCCAUCUUCUUCGUCGUGACCUUGCUCGUGUUCGUCUUCGCCGCCAUGGUGCACCCGCAGGAGUUCCAGUGUGUGGUGCACGGCCUGCUCUACUUCGUGCUCGUGCCUUCUAUGUACCUCAUUCUGGCUCUCUACUCGGUCAUCAACCUCAACGUCGUCUCCUGGGGCACAAGGGAGACCACUACACCCAACACAGCGCAAGACGGAGCGGGCCACGCAUCCUCCAGUACCGGCCGGUACGGUGCGGCGCUGCAGGCACUGAUGACGUGCCGCCUGGGCGAUAUACUCACUUGUCUCUGGUGCACACAGUCUUCACACAGAAGGAGCUCGUGGGGAGACUUCUCCAUGAAAGUGGCCGGCAGGGGCAACUCAAGAUCGGAAAGCCACGAGCCCUUGUUGCAAGAGAGCGGGGGGACCAAGAUGCCCGUCUUGAGCGAAGAAGAGGAUAGCGCGGACGAACAUGGACCGCGUAAGGAACUUCAGCCCAGUGGCAUCUUACCGGCAUCUCACGGCGCGGCAGCAGAGUGCGAUCACUCCGCCUGGCGCAGUCAUCCUAAGCUGAGGCACUGCGUCCACGCCGCUUUGGAGCCGGAGGAAUACAGUUUCUGGAAUUCCCUCAUCACGGAAUUCCUGGAGCCCGAGAAAGCGAAAGACGCGUCCACGGUGCACGAGAUGCAGGGCAAACUCGACGCGCUCCGGAACCGCGUCGCAUCGGCGCUGCUCUUCUGCAACGCCAUGUACGUCCUGGUCAUCGUGCUCCUCCAGCACCACAAGAGCACGUUGUACAUCGAGUGGCCUCUGGAAGCCAACGUGACCAUCGGCUACGUGCCUUCCGCCGAGUUCGUCGUCGUGCAUUCCCACUACCAGCGGCUCGAAACCACUGGGCAUGGUGUUCUCGCCUUUUUCGCCUUCAUCCUGCUUCUGCAAGUGUGCGGCAUGGAUCACCGGCUUCACACUUUCUCGCACGUACUGGCCUCCGUUUCCAUCCUGGCUCGAACGAGCCUAGGGAGAGCUACGUGGGUUACCCUGUCCGCGCUAAAGAGCUCCAACGCCCGAAACGAUCGAAGACCUGCCUCCGGCCAACAGCGGCGCUCCGGCGAGGAGACUUUGGCACGACCAAGUCAGGCAAUUACUCAGCCUUUAGUCGUGUCCCCCAAGAACAGCAGCGUGUACGGGCUGAAUGACAUCUGCCUGCGCCCUCCGCGCGUGCUGGACACUCCGUACGGUGGCCGGCUCGUCUGGACCAUGCCGGGCCGCAACGGACUCGUGGUGCACCUCAAGGACCGCAGCCGCAUCCGGAACAAGAAGCGCUGGUCGCAAGUGAUGUACAUGUACUACCUGCUGGGACACCAACUCGCACAGUCCAAUCUCAAGCCCCAUAGCAAGGAGGUGCGCAAGCAGAACUCCUACAUCCUCGCCCUCGACGGAGACAUCAGCUUCCGGCCGGAGGCCGUGCUCUACCUCCUCGACCACAUGAAGAACAACCCGGGACUCGGUGCCGCUUGCGGAAGGAUACACCCCAUUGGAGCUGGUCCCAUGGUGUGGUACCAGAAGUUCGAGUACGCCGUCGGCCACUGGCUGCAGAAGGCCACCGAGCACGUGCUGGGCUGUGUGCUGUGCAGUCCGGGUUGCUUCUCGCUGUUCCGCAGCGAAGCACUGAUGGCCGACAACGUGUUGAGGACCUACACCACCAAGGCCACGGAAGCGGUACACUUCGUUCAGUACGAUCAAGGCGAAGAUCGCUGGCUCUGCACCCUACUGCUCAAGCAGGGAUACCAGGUUGAGUACAGCGCCGCCUCGGACGCCUACACCCGCUGUCCCGAGACGUUCGAGGAGUUCUACACUCAGCGACGCCGCUGGACUCCAUCAACUAUGGCGAACAUCAUCGAUAUUCUGAUGGACGCCCGGAAGAUGGCUCGCAACAACAGCGGCAUCUCGCACUUCUACAUGGCCUACCAGGGCAUGCUGCUCGUGGGCACCAUACUCGGGCCGGGCACCAUCUUCCUUAUGCUGGUCGGCGCGUUCGUCAACUGCUUCAAGGUGUCCUUACUGAUGGCGUCCACCUUCAACGCCGUGCCGGUCCUGUGCUUCGUCGCCGUCUGCUUCUUGUGCCCCCAAAAGAUUCAGAUCAUGGUGGCGGAGGUGUUGUCGGCGGCCUACGCGUUGCUCAUGGCCUCCGUGAUGGUGGGCACGGCACUGCAGAUUCAGGAGGACGGAAUCGCGUCGCCCUCGUCCAUCUUCUUCAUCGUCACCUUGCUCGUGUUCGUCUUCGCCGCCAUGGUGCACCCGCAGGAGUUCCAGUGUGUGGUGCACGGCCUGCUAUACUUCGUGCUCGUGCCUUCUAUGUACCUCAUCCUGGCUCUCUACUCGGUCAUCAACCUCAACGUCGUCUCCUGGGGCACAAGGGAGACCACUACACCCAACACAGCGCAAGACGUAGCGGGCCACGCAACCUCCAGCACCGGCCGGUACGGUGCGGCGGUGCAGGCACUGAUGACGUGCCGCCUGGGCGAUAUACUCACUUGUCUCUGGUGCACACAGUCUUCACACAGAAGGAGCUCGUGGGGAGACUUCUCCAUGAAAGUGGCCGGCAAGGGCAACUCAAGAUCGGAAAGCCACGAGCCCUUGUUGCAAGAGAGCGGGGGGACCAAGAUGCCCGUCUUGAGCGAAGAGGAGGAAAGCGCGGACGAACAUGGACAGCGUAAGGAACUUAAGCCCAGUGGCAUCGUACCGGCAUCUCAGGGCGCGGCAGCAGAGUGCGAUCACUCCGCCUGGCGCAGUCAUCCUAAGCUGAGGCACUGCGUACACGCUGCUUUGGAGCCGGAGGAAGACAGUUUCUGGAAUUCCCUCAUCACGGAAUUCCUGGAGCCCGAGAAGGCGAAAGACGCGUCCACGGUGCACGAGAUGCAGGGCAAACUCGACGCGCUCCGGAACCGCGUCGCAUCGGCGCUGCUCUUCUGCAACGCCAUGUACGUCCUGGUCAUCGUGCUCCUCCAGACCACUAAGAGCACGUUGUACAUCGAGUGGCCUCUGCAAGCCAACGUGACCAUCGGCUACGUGCCUUCCGCCGAGUUCGUCGUCGUGCAUUCCAACUACCAGCGGCUCGAACCACUGGGCAUGGUGUUCAUCGCCUUUUUCGCCUUCAUCCUGCUCUUGCAAGUGUGCGGCAUGGUGAUCCACCGCUUUCACACUUUCUCGCACGUACUGGCCUCCGUUUCCAUCCUGGACUCGAACGAGCCUAGGGAGAGCUACGUGGGUUACCUGUCCGCGCUUAAAGAGCUCCAGACGCCCGAAACGAUCGAAGACCUGCCUCCGGCCAACAGCGGCGCUCCCGGCGAGGAGACGUGGCGAAACCCGAGGACGGUGGACCUGGAAUUCGUCCUCACUCGCAACCUAAGGAACAUGAAUCGCGAAGGCAUCGAGCCCAACGUGACCAUCGGCUACGUGCCUUCCGCCGAGUUCGUCGUCGUGCAUUCCAACUACCAGCGGCUCGAACCACUGGGCAUGGUGUUCAUCGCCUUUUCGCCUUCAUCCUGCUCUUGCAAGUGUGCGGCAUGGUGA